UAAACGAACCUUUGAAAAAACACACCAGGAUGCAGCAUGUUUGGUUCGUUUGCAAAAAUACUUUCCAUCAUAUGCAUAUUAAACAUGCAUUAACACUAAAUUACCGUAUAAUGAUGUUAAAUAAAAUUUUACAAAAAAAGUAACUAUCUAUGUACAAUAUUAUUAAUAUUAAUGAUCUCGCAUGUGUGUAAAUGAAACAGUGAGAGAAGUGGUGUGUUGGCAAUGAUUAGAACGAAAUAGUUCCAUAGCCAAAAUAUAUAUUUUUUGACUUUCCGCGUGUAUUUAAGAAUUUGUUUGGGUAUUUGUUAAGUUUGAACAUUUUUUUAAAUCUCUGGUGAAAUAAAAACGUUAUGUUAACGGUAAAAAAAUAUUACGUGCCGAAACCGUGGUCGCGCAUUAAUAAUGUUAAUAGUCACUUGUUUGUUUUCUCUUUCAGCCGCUUUCAGCAGCUCUUUAAGCAGUCUGCAGUCUGUACGCCAUUUUGCAGUGUGUUUUAAUAUAUUACUGACCGUGAAAUAACGUACAGUUUGUGUUUCAGGAUUUUGUGUUAAUAUUGUGUAUUUUAACUUUGUUAUAUUAUUUAUUAUCUACUAUUGUAAUGAUGGAAUUUGUUAUCGUUUUGAUAUUUUGUGUGGUUCUUGUGAUUGCUGUAAUGGUAAUUGGUUCCGGGAUGGGGAAAGCUACUUCGUCGCAGCGUCAGAUGGACAUCAUUAACGUCGCUCAGAACUUAUAUCUUUUAAUUAGGAAAGGCGACUUGAAGAAAUGUGACGUUACGCAGACGACCGCGUUUCUUCUCAACAUCGCAAAGUCAACUGUUCUCAAGUACUACAAGAAAGACAUUGAAGAAGUUUCAACACCAGGAAAAAAGAGGAAAAAAAGGCCACAGGAAGGAAAGUCACUUGAUACAGUCGACGAUUUCACAGUAAAUGCAAUCAGGAAUGCAAUUUACAGGAUGUACGCUGAAGGUUUGAAUGUUACAGUCGACACCAUUUUGAAAGAAAUCAGGGAAAGACAAAUAGAUUAUUAUGGUGGAAGAUCAAGUCUUCAUAAAUUGUUAAAGAAGAUGGGAUUUUCAUGGAAAACUGUUGAUGGACGAAAAGCUUUGAUAGAAAAUGAAAACAUAGUAUUGCAGCGAAUAGAUUUCUUGAGAAAGUAUAAAGAAGAAAAAGAAAGAGGUGCCAAUUUCAUAUUUGUUGAUGAAACAUGGAUUUUCCAGAGAGGCAAGGCAUUAAUUUAUUUGAAAAUUUGUUCUGUGGUCCAAUACAAAGUAUUUCAUUUCCAUUUCAUAUAUUUUUCAGGAACUGUAUCAAAGUCAUGGCAGGACAAGAGUCUACAAUCUGCGAAGAGACGUACUGUUGGAGAUGGUAAAAGGUUUAUUGUUGUUAAUGCUGGAGGGCGCACUGGCUUUGUGCCAGGAGCAGGAUUACUUUUUGUUUCAGGUCAGAAGACUGCAGACUACCAUGGCGAGAUGAAUGGGGAAACUUUCUUGAUGUGGUUUGAAGACAUGUUGGUGCAUCUUGAGGAACCCAGUGUCAUCAUAAUGGACAAUGCUUCAUAUCACAGCACCCAGGUUGAGAAAACACCUACAACGAACUGGACCAAGGCUGCACUGAUCGCGUGGCUGGAGAAGAAUGGGAUAAAACAUGAAAAUAAUUGGUUGAAAGUGGAGCUGCUGAGAAUAGCUAAACAAAACAAGCCCCGAAUACGAUAUGAGGUAGACGAGUUGGCUCGUAACUAUGGCCACGAAAUUCUACGACUCCCACCCUAUCACUGCCACUAUAAUGCAAUCGAACUAGUUUGGGCUCAAUGUAAACACCAUUACAAUAGUAACGUGGGGCGGGCCAAGAGAUUUGACAAUAAUGCAGUUGCAGCCAUCUGGAAAGAGGCUCUUGAUGCUUCCACACCAGAGAGAUGGGCGAGGUGUGUGGAUCACGUGGAGAAGCUAAUUCAAGCAGACUGGGAGAGAGAAGUCCACAUAGACAGCGGCACCAUUCCUCCACUCAUCAUCCACCUCGGCGAGGAUAGUUCAAGUGAAGACAGUGACAGCGAAGAAUUUGAGGUUACGACACAGCAAGUAGAUGGAGACAGUGAAGUACUGGCAGUUCCUCUUGAUGAUUUACCCGGGUGUUCUUAUUGAGGUCUGUAUGUAAUAAACACCUGGGCAACUGUAA